CUCUCUCUCUCUCUCUCUCUCUCUCUCUCUCUCUCUGUUUCAAAUCAAACCCUUCUGCAUGCCGAAACUGGAAAUUUGUGUAACUGUCGAAAAACCCUAAUCCCAAAACCCCGAUUUCAACCAAAAUUCCAACUUCCACAACCCGUAGUGGAAUUGUAUCGAAAAAAAAGAAGAACCCAAGCCUUGAGAAGGAUAAUCAAUCGAGGGAGUAUACACACAAAACCAAACCCAUGAAUCCGAUCACCGAUCUCGCUGGCCCCUCUUCGACUCACCGAUCAUGCUGCAGCUGGAAAUAAACCAGGCUGUGGAAACGGGUGCUUGAUUCGGAUUUCUUCUGUGGUUUCUGAAUUUAACUAUCCGGUUUUUGAGUUUUGGAUUAAAAAUAUAUUGGUGCGGAUAUCGGAUUUUCUAUUGGCUGUAAAGGUAAAUUUCUACUUCCUCUAGGUUGCGGUCUUUGAGUUUCGAAUCUCCAGAGGAAAAAUGUCGAGCAAGAAAGAAGAGAAGGCUCAGGUCGCAGCCGACCGAAUUAAGGCAGCUACAUUGACAGCCGCAAAGGGUCUCAGCCGUGCUCAGGCUGAACGGGCAGCUGCAGCAGCUGCCCGGAAUGUAAAUGCAUACGGGCAGAAGGAAGAAGGGCCAAGCAGGUGGCAGGAACGUAAGGAAGCCAAGCGCCAGAUGUAUCUCAUGAGCACUGAAAAGGCUGUGAAAUUGGGUGAAAGGAAAGACCUCAAGUCCUCUAUGUCUUCCACUGGAGGCUCUGCCUCCCAAUGCCAAAAGUGUUUCCAGACAGACCACUGGACAUAUGAAUGCAAGAAUGAACGGGUCUAUAUUUCACGCCCCUCUCGAACUCAACAGCUCAAAAAUCCCAAACUGAAGAUGAAGCUUUCGGUCUCAUAUGAAUUGGACAACCCUGAUAUUCCGAAGGCGGAGAGGGGUGAAAAGAGCAGCACUAAAAGCAAGAGCAGCACUAAGAGCAAAAGGAAGCACCGCUCGGAUAGUGAUACUGGGGGCGACACUAGUGAGGCUUCUGUUUUCGAGACAGAUAGUGGGUCAUCAGUGACAGGUUCAGAGUAUUCUUCAGGGGAGAGUUCAAGUUACAGUUCAUCGUCUGAUUCGGAGGAAGAGCGGAGGAGGCGGAGGAGGAAGCAGCAGAAAAAGAAGAGGAGGCACCGGAAGAAGUACAGCUCGUCCUCAGAUUCCUCUGAAUCUGAGUCAGCUUCAGAUUCUGAUUCAGAUGACAAGGCGAGCCGGAGGAAGAGCAGAAGACGUUAGAGGAGAGUUGGGAAGGAAGAUGUGACAUGUUUUCUAUUGGUAAUAAUUUUCAUAUUUGGUGCUGCUGUGGUAUCGAAAUUUAACUGCCUUUGAUCCUUUGAUUGUAGUAUCUUGUCUAUAUAAAACAGCAGGACUUGCUGGAUUAGGCUGUGGUAGUAGUUUGACAAGGAAUUUUUUUUUAUAAAAUUUUUAUGGAUGCUUCAUUAUAUUAUUUGUUUUCUAGAUGCAGCACUUGAAUAUUCA